AUGUUCGGGCAAAAACCAACUAUAACUUCUGAUGAGGAUCUGAUAAUCAACAAUGUUGAAGUGAACGACGCUUGUGAUGAGACGCUAGAGAACGGUAUUGAGGUCAAUGUUCCAAUCGCUAAUGAAGAGGCGGUUCUUGAUAACGACAACAUGGCAUUCGACGAAAUGUUUUCAUUCAACAAGGAAAACCAAGUCGAUUAUGUCGAAGUACCCACCACUGAGGAGCACACAGUAGUGGAAGAGCACAUUCAAGUGCCUGAAGUCGUUAUUGGAGAGGCCGUAGCCGAAGAGACGGUGAUUGAAGAACCUCCGUUUCAAGAACAAGUAGCUGAACCUACAUUAGAGUCGAUGCUAUCAAUUGAUCCGGGCUCGAUUCCUGUUCCUGUUGAGGAUGGAAAGACCCUUGAAUCUCAACUCGAAGCUAUCGUCGGUGAAUUGAUCCCGAUUGAAGAAGAAAAGAAAGGUGGUGGAUGCGUCCCCGUGGAAGAUGAAAUCAAUCCAUCAGAUUUCGCAUCAGCUUCUGAAGAACCCGAGCAGGUGCAUUUUUCCUCGCAGGAGAUCGAGUAUACGACAGAAGAGGUGAUUGAGGAGUCGCAAGAUGAUUCGAACGAGUUGAUUGUUGAAUCGCAAAAUGAGUCGCAAGACUUUGUUCCCGAAACGCACGAACUGAAUCUGGAAAACUACGAGAUAAUUGAUGGUCCGAUUGAUUCCGCUGCGAUAGAACCUACUCCGUUUGACUCUGUGCCAGAUGAAGAGAAUAUGGUCAAUCUCGUACCAGUGGACGACGCCGGACAGGAAUUAUUCGAAAAUGGUCAUUCGGAUCAGAAUCAUAUUGGCACACAGUACGAGGUGUCUACUUCUCAAACUGAAAACAGCAUCUUCGACGAGAAACCUAAACCAACAUUGAUUCUGCAAGAAAACAGACCUCCUGUACAACUGAUGAGCCAAACGUCAAAUACGCCGAUCCAACCAAGGCCAGCUGGUGUAUCGCCGACGCCGCUAAAGAAAAAACCACCCCGAGUAAGAGCACCAAGAACGAAACGUAAAUCAUCCGUCAACGCUGCUUCCCCAGCUCCUACAAUCUUCACACUGCUCCCAACGAGCGCUGUGAGCACAGCUUCUACAACAACUGUGGCAUCAAGCCCAGUGUCAGGCGUAUUGUCUGUGUCAGGCGAGAACUCAUUCAACUCAAUUCAAAUUAUUCAAGCUGCGCAAAUGAUUAACGGAGGUGCUACUCAAAUAUUUCAACUCGGACCGAAUGGACUUCUCCAACCUACGUCUAUUCAACCAGUAAUCCAGCAAUACGUUCUUCAAGUACCGAGCACUGUCCAAAGCAGCGACCCGAAUAAUAAACCACGUGUCAUUCGUCUCCAGACCCCCCAGCCAGCUGAAUUCGUCAAAUCUCAAUCGCCCAUGAUUUUAAACUCUACACCGAAUCGCCGCCUGUCACUACAAGAAAUACAGCCCAGUCGACAACAGGUCAUACGUCCGUCUUCAAUUUUGACGCCCAAUGUGCCGGAGAAAUCCGCGCCCGUGCCGUCGACCCCAAAUGGAACAAAUCUCGGUUCAGUGUUCAAAACCAUGCAAAUAAACAGCCCAUCCAUCAGACCCGCUGAACCAUAUCAUCCUGGCCUUACUGCACAAGAUAAAUUGAUAAAACAACGCAGUGAAAUGCGUAAGCGGUACGAAAUGUUGCGCGAAGCGGCAGAAAUUCGUCGGGAUGAAACAUUCAAACCCUACCGUGCCCGAAAAGUGAAAGGAAGGCCUCAUCCAGAUCCUGUUAUAGAAUCCAUUGCUCUUUCAUCGGUCGCAGUGCCUGAUGUUACCGCAAAGAUCUCUCUUCCUUCUGAUAUCAUUCAGGAAGGCAAGCUCUCUGAUUUACAGCUUGAAGCUGUAGUUUAUGCAGCACAACAACACGCAGGUUUCUAUCCAUCCGGCGAAAGAAAAGGCUUCCUUUUGGGAGACGGUGCCGGCGUUGGCAAGGGAAGAUCGAUUUCGGGAAUCAUUUACGAUAACUGGUUGCAAGGCCGGAAGAAGGCAAUUUGGCUCUCCGUGUCAAACGAUCUUAGACAUGACUCUGUUCGAGAUUUGACAGACAUAGGCGCAACUAUGAUAAAUGUAUAUCCCUUGCACAAAUUCAAAUAUGGACAUAAACUCGGGGAGAAAGAAAACGGCCGUGUUCAAAAUGGAGUCAUUUUCGGCACUUACGCAUCUCUCAUCGGAGAGCGCCACCAAGCUGGUACUACGACUAAAAAAGCUGCCCAGGCCACUCGACUUCAUCAACUCGUCACCUGGUGUGGUCGCAAUUUUGAUGGAGUAAUUGUAUUCGAUGAAUGCCACAAGGCCAAAAAUUUAUACCAGGCAAAUGGAAAGCCCUCGAAGACUGGAACGACCGUUCUUGAGCUUCAGCGUCAAUUGAAACAAGCUAGAGUUGUUUAUGCUUCUGCGACAGGUGCUAGUGAGCCGAAGCACAUGUCGUACAUGAGUAGACUUGGACUUUGGGGCGCCGGAACUGGUUUCAAAAGCUCCGAUCAGUUUGUCGAUGCACUCACCAAAGCUGGAGUAGGUGCCAUGGAACUGGUGGCAAUGGAUAUGAAGCGACGAGGGGUCUACCUAGCACGUCAGCUCUCAUUCGAAGGCUGUGAAUUUGAUCUUGAAGAAGUACCCCUAGAUGGUUUCUUCAUGACAUUGUACGACGCUGCCGCAGAGCUCUGGCGUGACGCGAAGGAGUACUUUGCCCAGGCAGCCAGUCUUCUUGGUGAUGACUUCAAGAUGCCUGGUAUGUGGCAGCAGUUUUGGGGCGCACACCAGAGGUUCUUCAAAUACCUUACAAUGGCAGCAAAAGUGAACAAAGCCUGUCAGAUCGCACGGAAAGCAGUUAGAGAAAAUCAAUGCGUCGUCAUCGGCCUGCAGAGUACUGGCGAACAAAGAACCAAUGAAGAAAUGGAACGAAUCGUGGCAGACGGAGAAGAACUAAACGAGAUGGUAUCUAGCUGCAAGGGUGUUUUUAGACGACUAUUGGAUACACACUUUCCCGUUUCUGAUCGUGAUAAACUCGCAGAGCUUGGCAUCAACUUUGAUUUGCCUGAUUCGCCCGAGAAAGUUCAAGACCAACGCGAUAAAAAACCUCGAUACAUGAGUAUGACUACUACUGCAGAUUCGAAUGUGGAAUCUGAUCCAGAGGAUGAUCUUGGUGAUUUGACUGCUGCCUUUGGCGAGAGUGAAGACGAGGAAAAUGAGUCUUCCAUCAAGAACGGCAAGAACCGCGACUCGAAGAAGCGCGUUCGCGUUGACUCUAUCUCGGAUCACUUUCGAGCUGCCGGUUUCAAAAUGCGCAAAGUCGACAAAGAAGCGGAGGAACAUCGCAAACGAGCAGCGGCGAUCGAGCAGUGUGCUUAUUUGAAGAGGACUCUCUGGGAGAAACUAUUAAAGAUUACCAAUUUGCCUGGAAAUGCCCUCGAUGAGCUGAUGGAUGGCCUUGGUGGCCCAGAAAUGGUUUCUGAAUUGACUGGCCGAAAGAAUCGACAAAUUAUUACCGACCAAGGAGUUCAGUAUGAAAAUCGAGCACAGUCCGCUAAUGUGCCGUUAGAACAAAUAAAUCUAAUUGAAAAAGACAAUUUCAUGAAAGGCAAAAAGCUUUUCGCAAUCAUCUCCGACGCAGCCAGCUCGGGGAUAUCACUCCACUGUGAUCGAAGAUGCGCGAAUCAGAACCGUCGACUUCACCUUACCCUAGAACUGCCAUGGUCAGCCGAUAAGGCUGUCCAACAAUUCGGACGUACUCACCGCUCCAAUCAAGUGUGUCCUCCUAAGUACUGCUUUCUUAUCUCCGAAUUGGCUGGAGAACAGCGAUUUGCCUCAGUCGUCGCGCGUCGCUUGGAAUCCAUGGGAGCUCUCACCCAUGGCGAUCGACGUAGUGCCCAGAAGCACGGCGACCUUACUCGAUUCAACUUCGAUACGAACUAUGGCAAAAAGUCGCUUGAUCUAGUGCUCAAAUCUAUUCUUGGGGAGGAGCGCAAUUCUGUCAAAUUUCCGGAGUUCUACCACGGCAACUUUACAGAAGACAUGAAACGGGCUCUCUACGAGAUCGGAAUUUUCGUAUGGAAAGACGAAAGCAAGACUCGAAUGCGAACCGAUGGAGACAUCUCAGUUUCGAAGUUCUUGAAUCGGCUUUUGGGAAUGUCGAUUGCUUGUCAACAGGGAUUGUUUCACUAUUUCUCGGAGACAUUGGACGAUAUUAUGACGGAAGCACGAAUGAAUGGAACCCUCGACGAGGGUGUGAUGGACGUCGGUAAUGCAACCGAUAAGCUACAUGUUGUUGGACAGAAUGUAUUCACAACGUCUGAGGAUUGCACACUCAAGUUGCUCAAGAUUAACCACUUCAAGGGCGUAGAAUGGGUUGAUGCUCUCAACCAGAGUAAACGACUCAAUGGAAAGUUUUAUGUUGACGAAUCCGGCAAACUGCCAGUCAUGCUCUACCCAAAGGGUGACAAGUUCGUUUGCAUUAGACCGAAUCACUCUGUUUCGGAAGUAGCCUUUGAAAUGAGCCACUGGCAAGCGCAGUUCAAACUCCAAGAUGAGUCUGUCAAUCCAAGUGCGAUGGCUCAAAUUUGGCGCGAGUGCUAUGAAGGAACUGCCAACAAUUGCAUCCAUCAAUAUACUGAGGUAUGUGUUACACUGAUAAAUGGACACGCAUAA